AAACGAUCGAGCGCGAUGAUCGCGUCACGUGUCCAGCCGAUCGAUACGCUGGCCGAUAAUGAACCCGGUCGUUGCUCCGAUUGGAUCGCCAGACAGUCAGACAACGCGAGUUUCUAUGACGAUCAAUCCAUCUUACCGUCUUGCCAAUUCGCUCGUGCACAGAUUCAACCCCUUUCAGUUGAUGAUUAUCAUCAUUCUCUUAAUCCCUGCGUGGAUAGAUCUUACGAUGACCAAGGCAAGAAUCCGUUCGAAUCCCGUUCUGCAGACGUUGGAACGCUUGCCUAUCAAGUUUCCCUUCCAUGCAUGGAAUCGUCGAUUCCUAUCGAGCAACUGCAACCUCAGCUACAGUCUCAAUGUAGCCAGUUUCGAGACUGCGCGCAAAAUAUCACUCCUAAAGGCUCUAAGAAUUGCCAGCUGGGUCCGGUGGACGUCGAAGAUUUGGCUCUAUGUUUCGAAUCCGAUAAGCCACAGACGAAUUGCUCAUUACGAGUUUAUCGACCGAGCAGUUCGUCGAACUUUCGUCGUCGCGUAAAAGCAACGAGAUACGGUCCCUAUCCAGAUUCCUUGACGAACGACAAACAAUUUGAACAGCCUGGAUUUUCGUUGAUGGAUGUUUCGUCCAGUGAUCUACCGUGUAUGGAUUGGUUCGGUGGACAAUUCUGUGGCUACUUUUCUCAACCGUUUGCUUUUUGCCCCGAAGAACGAUGGCUUCAGUGCCCAGAAAGCGAUCGUUGCCCUUUGUACGACACCAUCUACUCGUAUGGGCAAAACGUCCUGCCACCGUGCCUGUACGAGGAUCUACGACACGAGUAUUACCAAUACGAGUACAACGAGGAUGAACAGCUACUCGAGGAUUAUUUGUGUAACGAGAAAAGGAAGGAAAAGUCUCGUGAUGCUGCACGGUACCGUCGGAGCAAAGAGACUGACAUUUUCUCGGAUCUAGCUGCUGCCCUUCCAUUGCCAUCGGAACAGGCAUCUCACUUAGAUAAGGCCAGUGUUAUGAGACUAGCAAUCGCGUAUCUCAAAGUGCGCUCAGUGGUUGAUUCCUUUCCAGGUACACUGACCAAAUCCGAAACAUUGAAUCACAUGGACGAAUUAUUCUCCAGAGCUCUAAACGGGUUCAUGUUGGUGCUAUCCAACGAUGGUAACAUGAUCUAUCUGUCAGAGAAUGUCAGUGAUUACCUUGGUAUUUCUCAGAUGGACAUGAUGGGUCAGAGCGUGUACGAGUACAGUCACCCAUGCGAUCACGACGAAUUGCGGGAAUGCCUGUCCUCGAAACCGGCUGAGAAAAGUGACAAGCGUGCUUGUAGUUUUUUUCUACGGCUUAAAUGCACAUUGACCAGCAAAGGGAGGAAGGUCAAUCUAAAGAGCGCUUCCUACAAGGUGAUUCAUUGUACCGGUAGGUUAACAUAUAUCCGCAAUCCAGUGUCGAAUUCAUCGGAAACUAGCGACGCGGAACACGAAAGCGACGAUGAUGGAAAUGAACGAGACACUGGAGCCUCGUUGGUGCUACUGGGAUGUCCCAUACCGCAUCCCAGCAAUAUAGAGAUACCGUUGGGACGGCACACUUUCCUCUCGAAGCACAGCCUCAGCAUGAAGUUCACAUACACUGACGAGAAAUUGGCUGAAUAUCUGGGUUGGAACAGCGAGGAGUUAGUGGGACAAUCCGUUUUCGAGUUCUAUCACGCCCUCGAUAAUUUGGCUCUGGAUAAAUGUUUUAAAUCACUGUUCAGCAAGGGUCAGUGCGAGACAGUUGCCUACAGAUUUCUUGGGAAACGAGGAGGCUACGCGUGGGUCGUGACACAAGCCACCCUGAUCCACUGCACCAAACAGCAAAAGCCACUUUCCGUCGUCUGCGUGAAUUACGUUCUAAGCGGCGUGGAACGCGAGGAUGAGGUAUACAGCGCGCGGCAGCUCGCAGCACGUGACAGCGAGGAGGCCGUGAAGCCGGAGGAGAAACCGGCUGCCACGAGCGACGUUGUCCAACUUCCAUCUCUUCAAGCUACCACAAAGCUUCGUGUUCGAGUGCAAGUGAACAGCAAGAAGGUCGAGGAUACAGCGCUCGAGGGGAACCAGCAACAGUUAUCGUUACCAGCUACAAAAUCGAAACCAACGACUACCGGCUCUUCCGAUCGCGCAAAACCGUUGACAGUGACCAGUUCGAUAUUCCGCACGGCGGACAACAAGGCGAAAAAGGAGCCUGUUCAACUUCAGGACGGCUCGCGGAAGGAUAACACCUUCCCGAGACCGGUCCAGUCUACAGAGAAAUCGUUCGUCGGUGUACAGGCUUUGAAAGAAUCGCUGGAAGAGUCGCUGAAGGAGAACAACGGGCCAAAACGGAAGCAACGGUGCCGCCAGCAAUCUGUUGCUAGCCGCGCUCCGUUCGUGUUCCAGGGCAAACCCGCGGUGGAAUACGAUCCGGAGACAACGGUUCGUCAGGACAGGCCACACGUCGUUACCAGACACCUGUUCGCUUCUAUCGCGACACAACAACAACAACAACAACAACAAGACCAGAUUACCUGCAGACCACCGCCACAGACAGCGACAGCGAGUAUCUUCGCUCCUCGUACCGAGGACAUGAACAAAGGCUUCUUGACUUUCAGCGAGGAUCAUCCAGGCCUUACGAUGCUGAAGGACGAACCGGAGGAUCUAACACAUCUGGCGCCUACACCUGGCGACGUAUGCGUCCCCCUCGAAGACACGCCUUUCCUUACGGACAUGCUCGACGAGUUUAUUCUUGGCAGCGACAACUAUUGUCCCUUACUGAGCCCCGAUGGAACCCUAGCACCUGAAUUACGCUCCACAGAUUUCACCGACUCUCUCAAAGAUGCCGAGUUGGGAGACAUCUCGAGGAGCAAGGAUCUAGGGGAGUCUCUGGCCGAUAGCGAUCCGUUCAUGUACGGAGAUUCACCGAGCAGUCCAUGUAGCAUCGAUCCUAACGCGGUUUCACCGCCGCUCACCAAGUACCGUCAAAGUCCAGAACGAAGUAUAGAUUCGUUGGGUAGCCCGACAGGAGGUAGCGGUGCGGACGGUUUAUCGGAGGACGAGAUGUUAAUGUUAGGCCUGAAUGAUAGUAUAGGCGACGACGAGUUGGAAUUUAGAGCCCCUUAUAUCCCAAUGUCGGAUCAGGACGAGGCUCUGGAUUUACUUAUAAGCAAUGAUAUGGUUAUGUGGAGUCCGCCACAGACGACAGAUCACAAAAGUUGUCUAAAAUGGACGUUAACGGAAAAGGAACAACGAACGACAGAUUCUAGUUUAGCGCAGUUAUUGAAAAUGGAUCAGGUCGUCUCCAGAAAAUACAACGACCAUGGAGGAGGUUUGGUGAACCCAGUACAAGUUCUCGGUCAGAUCCCUAGAAAGAAUAUAAAUCUAGAUAACUGCCAUUGGUCCUCCAAAAUGGAUAGACCAACGAAGCGUAUUCACACUGCCUCCGUAGACGCAGGGAACGACAAUAAGCGCAUCAGAUGUGACGAAUCCGCGAAAUGUAGCGGUCACCUUAGUCUAGAGGAUCACCUGUUAACAAACCAGCAGCCGUCUUCGAGAAAAUCGUCGAACUUGGGCAACAGUCAAUUGUUGCGUCGCCUGGUGUCUCAACAGAACGUUCUGCGGAAUAAUUUCGCGAACGAAUCGUACGACAGUACGGUAAAAGGUCGACAGAGCGUUAAUCGGUUAGGAGGGAAUCUGAAUGCGGAGGAUGGCGAAGGAGACAGUGGCGGCGGAGGAGGAGUUAACGAUGGCGGAGGAAGAAAAGUCGAAACGAACGAAGGAAGGUGUCGUCGAAGCGGCGUAGAAAACGGCGAUGCGAUCAGUCAGGUCUCUCAGCGGAAUCCGGCGUGCAACAGCGUGCUAAUGAAUCUCCUGGUAUCCGGCUGCGACGAAAACCUAAUGGACUCGCGGAACGUGCCGUCCAUAUACCCUAAAAGCCUGAUGUCUCCACUGUCUGUGAACCUGGAGAACCACCAAAUGGUGCCUCAAUGUCUGGAUUCCAGAGGGUCUAGCGUAUCCUUCGACCAGCUGAGCCCUGCUGCAAGAAAACAACUAUCCAACAAUACAUUUAUAACCGGAGGAUCAAUCGAGUCGUCGCCAUCUUCACCGAUGAUGCCAUUCGAAAAUUUCGAUUAUGAUACGAGUAUGUCGACUAGUGGUUUGCUUCAAGUGGAACCGGACCUAUUUGGAAGUCUACUGAAUCGGAAUCUCGUUUAAGCGUUCGUGUUUAAUCCGAAUACAAGUCGACUCCGCAAUCGAGUUGAUCGGAUUUCGUGAGGAUUAAAAAGGAGAGGAUUAAAAAAAAAGAAGAAGAAGAAAUGCAAUAUCUAGAGCGAGAUAAUAGAGGAUCAGUUUGUUACGGGGCAAUGAAAUGCUAAAGCGACGCAGCUGGAGAUGAUUCAGGGUGUUUAUCUUGCACGAUUUGAUAGCGCGUAUCGUGCAAAUAUAUCAAUAUUUUUUCAUUGGUAAUUGUGCUAUGUAUAACGUACCGUAUGGAUUCGUGAUGAUAGUUUUUCUUAUACGAAAGUGCCAAUGCAUUUUUAGGGCGUUAGCCGUUAAGUCUUGUAGUAUAAAGGAUAAUGAGAGAACAGAUCUACCUGUGUGGUAUAAUAUUGUUUUAUGAAUAAAUCGGACCGGGAUUCGGUUCGACUAUAAUAGAGCAUAAUUCUCUCUAUAUAUAAUGAUUUUACCUCAUUCAGACAAAUAUAUUCGAGUCCACGAGUUUCGCUGUUCAUUGAUUUGGAUUGUUGAUAAUUUGACGAUGCAUAGAAAUUCGAGGCAAAAGAGAAGACGAUGGAGGAUAUUGUUAAUUGAGAGAAAAAAUAUAUGAUAUAUAUAUACGAUAAAUAAGAUGAGGAUGUGUGAAUGUGGAAUACAUGCGGCACUCGUUUUCUAUAUUAUAGCCGAUUGAUACGGCAUUUAUGGCGAGCUGAUAGCGUUUAUCGCGAUCCUUGUCGUCGUUGUUACUGUUUUUUAUAGUUUUUAACGAGGCCAACCCGAGAAUCGGUUGUUAUUACCAUAUUAUCGUAUUAUCGCUCUGUGCACAUGUAUUAAGAAAUAUUAUAAAUUCUAAGGUAACAUACAUAUAUAUAUAUAUGUAUAUUUUUACUUAUUCACUUAUUGAUUACGAUCACUAUAGUAAUGUAUAAUUUUAUUACUUUACUAUUAUCUCUGUAUUUUUAUUACCGUAACAUCUAUGGUUAUUACUACUAAUCCUAUCUAUAUUACAGCGUUGAUAUAGAUCAAUAUUAUCAUGAAAAAAAAGUGUUAUAAGUAAAUAAAUAAAUAAAUAAUCUUUCUAA